AGCAAAGCAAAGCAUCGACGCAAACUGGGAAAAUACAAUCAAAUUUGAAAUCAAAGAAUGGCGUCAUCGUCGAGCAGCGGCCUAACCUUCAAGCUUCAUCCGCUGGUAAUCGUAAACAUAUCCGAGCACUACACUCGGGUCAAGUCUCAGAUGAACCCUCAUCCACUCACCUCCACCGUCAACGGCGUCGAAAACCAACAGCCAGCCCCUCGAGUCUACGGAUGUGUCAUAGGUGUCCAGAGGGGUCGCACCGUCGAGAUCUUCAACAGCUUCGAGCUUCUCUACGAUCCCUCCACCCACUCCCUCGACCGCUCCUUCCUCGAGAAGAAACAGGAGCUUUAUAAGAAGGUUUUCCCCCAUUUUUACAUUCUUGGAUGGUAUUCCACUGGGAGCGAUGCCCAGGAAUCUGAUAUGCACAUUCAUAAAGCUUUGAUGGAUAUUAAUGAAAGCCCUCUCUAUGUGCUUCUCAAUCCUGCAAUCAAUCCCGCCCAAAAGGAUCUUCCAGUCACCAUUUAUGAAAGUGAACUGCACGUUAUAGAUGGGAUUCCACAACUUAUUUUUGUCCGAUCAAGCUACACAAUUGAGACUGUUGAAGCUGAGAGGAUUUCAGUGGAUCAUGUUGCCCACCUAAAGCCAUCUGAUGGAGGUUCAGCAGCAACUCAAUUGGCUGCUCAUCUUACUGGUAUUCACAGUGCAACCAAGAUGUUGAAUAGCAGAAUUAGGGUGCUUCAUCACUAUCUUGUUGGAAUGCAAAAAGGUGAUAUUCCUUGCGAAAAUUCACUAUUAAGGCAAGUAUCAAGCCUCCUCAGAAGGUUACCUGCCAUCGAAUCAGAAAAAUUUCAAGAUGACUUUCUGAUGGAAUACAAUGAUACCUUGUUGAUUACUUAUCUUGCGAUGUUCACUAACUGCUCAAGCACAAUGAACGAGCUAGUCGACAAAUUCAACACUGCUUACGAUAGGCAUAGUCGAAGGGGUGGACGGACAGCUUUCAUCUAAAUACUGUUAUUGUUUAUUAAUAGGUUGGAUUUUCGUUGGAGAGGAUGGUGGUGGUGUUUGUGUUUGCGGUGUUUUAAAGCCUCUCGAGUAAUGUAAUUUAAUUAAGUACUACUAAUAUGAUACGAGUAGGGAUGUUUCAAAUUCCAAGAGAUGAAUGAAGUGCUUUGCCUUA